AUGGAGUCGACGUUGCCGGUGACGGAGGCGCCGCCCACCGAGCGACCGCUGGCGACGCUGCCAAAGACUACGACAGAGCCCGCCGAACGACCGCCGGCGUCGCGCAAGAAGACCUGCAGCGGCCCGCGCCUCAUCACCGCCUCGGGGAAGAACGUGUGCCUCAUGUGCCGCAGCGCCCGGCGCCACAGGAACCGAUGCCCGACGCAGAUGGAGCGCGUGAGGAGCGACUAUAUCAUGGACGUGCCCGAGGCGUCUGUCGCCACAACGUCGCCGUCAACGACCGGCGCAGCCAACGCGGGCGACGGCGACGUGUACAGCAGCGUGGGCACCGAGAGCGAAACGCGGCUCUUCCACCACUAUCUGCCGCGCUGCCCGACCGACGACUUUAGUGCGAUGGCGACGCAGUGGAACACACUGCUGCGCGCGUGGCGGCUGUCCGACUGCCUCGAGAUCGAGGUCACGACGGGCCUUAUCACGCUAGCCGACGUCACGUUCAAGACGCCCAAGCACCUCGCGAUGUACGCUCGGAGCGUCGCACCGGUGCCAGUGCCCACCUCAAAGCCGCGCCGACGUCGUCGCCAAGACGACAGUAGUAGCCCCGAUGCAGCGACCAAGCGACAAUACCUUCCGUGUCCUCACUGCGGCCACACGACCCGGCGCCACUAUGGCGACGUCGGCGACAAGUGCGAGCUCUUCGUCUACUACAAGCUCCGCAGCUACACCGCCACCUCGUACACCUUUGACAAGGCCAUUGUUGAUUUUGAGCACGUUCAAACGUCUCUAGCUCCACCUCAGCAGUCCAACGGCAGCUACGUCGUAUAAGGCGAGAUCAAUCCAUACCCCUGG